AUGGCCACAGCCCUACCCACGCGUACAGCAAAGCGCUGCUUUCGGACCACCCGCCCUCUGGCCUACAAUCAGCACAUCCAUUCUCGUCGCGUCUUCCAUUCAUACGAUCACCCGCCUCCGACUGGGCCCUUCGGAGCAACAGAGACGUCGAUUCUCUCUGCAGCAUACAAGCAUGUGCCUGAGCAUGGCUUCACUCACCGCGCACUGUCCUUCGGCGCACGCGACGCCGGCCUUCUCGACAUCAGUCCAAGUGCUCUGCCUGACGGUGCAUACAGCUUGAUCCGCCACCACCUCUACACACAAAGAUUGGCGCUGGCAGCAAAGAGCAGCGAUAUAUUCCAAGGAGAAGAUGCGCCGAUUGGCGUAGGGGCCAAGGUUACAGCUCUGACGUGGGAACGGCUCAUGGCUAAUCGAGAAGUCAUUCACCAGUGGCAAGAGGCUCUUGCUGUGAUGGCACAACCUAGCCACGCCUCGGCCUCCCUCAAAGAGCUUGCCAUGCUAUCGGACGAGAUUUGGUAUCUAGCUGGCGACACCGCGGUCGAUCCGUCCUGGUACACCAAACGCGCGACUCUAUCCAUGAUCUACAGCUCCACCGAGCUGUUCAUGACGAACGACCACUCCCCCGACUAUGUUGAGACCAACAAGUUCCUCAAACGAAGACUUGGCGGGGUCCAGUCUGAAUCAACGUAUUGA